AUGCUUGGAAGAUCUGCAUGGACCACGGCCUUGACGGCCUGGUUUUUGGUGCUCUCGGUUUCAAAAGCUGAGACUGAAGAUCCGCUAGAUUCGACCUGUGAGGAAAGCGAUGAUCUACGAGUAUCUUUGCUACAGUCCUCUUUGCAGGUGGCCAAAGCAUCUGUGAAGGAGAACAUAGAGAACAUAGAGAAGAUAGAGAACAUAGAGAAUAUCGAGAACAUAGAUCGAAAUGCCAGCAUUGAAGCAGUGAAGCAGCACAGUCGCAUGCUGAGCCCCUAUGUGGAGGCUUCAGACCAUGUUAAGAUGCUGGCACAGAAGCAUUUGAGCUUAGUUCUGCAACUGAUGCUUCCAACUGAGAAGACGGCGCUCAACGGCAUUCCUGCUCUCUUAGUCUUCAUGUUGGCUGGCUUGGUGAUGGCACUCUUUGUUGUUCAGCUGAUUGGGGUCAUGUUCGAUGACCGAAGUAAGGAGGCUCAACCGUUUCAGCCCGGUCACCGCUAUGGCCAUGGCUAUCCCCAGGCUCCAUCCACGACGGGUCAAGGGAGCCUGCCUCCAAUGACGCUUCCUGGCACCCCCCCCUCCCGUGCUUCCAUGGGUCCGGCCACGGCACCGUCCACGGUGCAAAACCUGCCACAGAGAGAGACGCUGGGAACGGGCAGCCGGCAGUCACAGGCUCCGAAUCCGGCUCAAAUGUGCCCAGCCAUGAUCGUUCCCCAUGCUGAUGCGAAUUUCGCCAUUCCCAAUGCAGGGUUGAAUGCACUGAUCACCGGCCUGACUGGUAGUUUGGAUGGCCCAGUUGCUGUCAUUGGCGCACAAACCAACAAACCGCUGCUAUAUGCCAGGUUCAAAGACGUGAAGGACAAGCGUUGGCUGCAGCUCUCCACCACCAGCAAUUCGCGUUUUCCCCACUGCUGCGCAGGGCCCUUGGAAGUGGCCAGCGACGCCAUGGUGGAGAUCCGUGGGCCGCGGGGGGAUCGCUUUGGGACCCUGGAGAAGGGCCAUGACGCCACGUGGUACAUGCACCGUGCUGAGGGACCCUUGGUCCAUCGCGUCUACAUGAUGAAUGGACAGAUGGUUGCCAUGGACCGAUCGCUGAUGGCGGGCACCGGGAUGUUCACACCCACCGCCUUUGAGCUGACGGUGAGUCCGGGCAGGGACCCUCUUUUGACCCUUGUGAGCAUGCUGAUCAUCAUCUUGACAUCGCCAGACAUCAGACGCUGA